AUGAAGAAGUGUUUAUCGCAGAGACUAAAAGCCACAAUUAAUAUAAAUUUUGCCUCUAUCCAUUCAAAAAACGUUGUGUUUACGAUAAUCGGCCAGUCUGAGCCGUACCACGCCAGCGUCGCGAGCCGACUCAAAUUGGACAUUGAGAAUCAGGUCUAUGAAUUGGAAGGCCGAGAAGCAAUUACACACAUAACACACGAAGAUUUCUCAGUUCCCGGUGCGUGGACAGUGAUUCCCCUCUUUCGGCCUCUGUUCACAAAGUACAAGGGUAGCGAUGUACGAUGGGUCCUAUUUUUGGAGCCUCACACGGCUGUGCGUUGUGGAAAACUAUUCGAGGCUCUGGCUGCAGCUGAUAAACAGAAGGAUGUAAUGUGGGUGGGGUACCCGUUAAGUGACGAUGAACCGACAAUCAUUCACCAUUUUACGCACUUUGAGGAAUUGGAAGACGAUGGUGGUUUUGUAUAUCCCAACUUCGCCAGCGGUUUCGCUAUGAAGAUGGGAUUAAUAGAAAGUGUUUUAGAUAAAAUGGAAAGUGGCACAGUCGAAAUCGAUGCUGAUUUCUCAAUAGACCCGGCGUUCGAACUGGCCCGUCUGAUUUAUGGAAGUCGGGAAAGCCCCGGGCCACUACUCACCCGAGAUUUGAGUUUCUGCGUCGUCUCUAUGGACAACUGUGCUACGUAUCCAAGGCAGUUUGAUACAUGUGGCAGUGUGGCUGAAGAAUCAAUAUACUUCGCGGUUAAGACGUGGAGCGCGUUUCACUCGACACGCGCGCGCGCACUAAAGAAGACAUGGGGAGACAUGUCACACACUUGCAUUUCUUCAGCGAUCAGAAUGACCCAAGUUUGCCAGCCACGAACAUCGGUCUCCCGAACUCAAAAACGGGACAUUGUAUGA